ACUUAUUUCCUCCCUCACCCUGUCUCUUCUUGUUUUAUCCUUAUCUAUUUCUCAUGGUUUUGCUCUCAGAGAGGAGGGGGCAAAGAAAGGCGAGGCUCUGUUGUCAGAUCUGUCCGUCUCGCCGGCCUGGCCCCUCCUACCUCAGUGGAGGCAUUACAUACUGCUGCUGCUCACGCUCUUAGCAACCGUGCCUCAGCAACAGAGCCACGGCAACAGAGCUCCACGGCAACAGCGUGCCGUGUCUCCCCAAUGGAGCUGCCAUUGGGCGGACCAGCGCUCAGGCACUACACCCAGAGCAGACCGAGACCUCACCGACAAAAACUGAACUACCGUCCUUGCAGACCACAGGUACUGUGAAGCAGGAGAGGUUUUUGAAAAAUGGAGUGUGAAGAAAAGGUGGUGUGUGUGAGGAGAGAAAAUGGGAGGGAGAGGCGAGAGAGAGAUGCAAACGGGUACAGAGGGGAGAGGCAGGGGGAAGGGAAGGACAGAGGAGGGGUGCUCUAAAAGAUGCCUGGUCCCUGUUCAAAAGAGACAGUGUCUUUCUGCCGGUCACAGGCUCUUUGAAGAAGCCACACUCAAAUCUUUGUGUGAAUGUGUUGUCUGCCUCACCGAAGAGCUGGUGGCUUUUUUUCUUCCUAGGUUGCAUUAAAUGAAGUGUGUGAUCACCUCUUUUUUUUUCCUCUGAGCUAAUCAUACCAUUGAGCUAUUAGGCUGUAGACACAAAGUCACUCCCAUGGAGCCAAUGGCCAUGGAGACAAAAUUCAAGCAAUCCCUCUGACAGGAUAUAACGUAUCAUUGACUUCUGCUGAAUUUAUGCUCUGCAGUCAAUCUCCUGUAUUUUAUUGCUACUUGUGGGUACAGAUGUUAAUAUGAUCAGGAUGAUGCAGCACCGAAAGGCUGCAAUUUCAAUAUCACAUUACCAACAUUGGCGAAAUGAAUUAUCCGUCUCUUAUUCUGCAUGCAAAAUCUAGUGACGCCCCCCCAUUGUACGUUACUGAGCAACUGAUUCCCAGGAGGCUGGUUUGUAGCAUGGCCAGAGGAGAGAUUCAAACCAAAAUACACCUAUAGAGGCAGGAGAAACACUAGUGCCAGAGUGUGUGGGUUUUUCAGAGGUGAGGGUUAUGUAAUGUUAAGUUACAUACCAUACAAGUUGCUUUUCAGCAUCAGUACUUUGAUCUUUGGUGUAAAAUGUUGUGUUUUUUAUGUUUGUGUGUUGUAUCUAGGAGACAAUUAUAGAGAGUGAAAAUGAAGUCCUUGAGCACAUGGGGAGGGUAGAUGAAGGUGUCGAGGAGUUCUUUACUAAGAGAGUACUUCCCACUGAUGCACUGUGAGUACUACCAGAUGCUACUUAAGUCUUUUUACAGGUCCAUGAUAACAACUAGGAUACGAAAAAUCCUGCUAUAUGAUCACAUGAUAGGAACUCAAUGCACACUAUUGAUUUGAUAUGUGAUCCUUGGUAUAGGAAAAAGCAAGAUGAAGAAACUAUCACAGUGCAAGAAGUGGCUCCUGCAAGCUCAGUCCCUUGUCCACCCCAGACCAAAACACUCAGGAGGAAGCUCGGUGAUUUUUUCACUCUCAAAAAGAGACGCGGUCUAAAGUCAGAAACAAGUCAUGAGGGGCGUCCCAAAAGGACCUCCAUUGCUGACCUUAUCCGCCCACUCAGGGAGGUCGCCAGAGCCGAGAAAGACAAAGACAAGGACCGGGUCAAGGAGCAUGACAAGGAGAAUGAAAAAGAGAGAGCAAAAGAGAUCCCCAUGACCAAUGCUGGAGAGUCAGCUGUUCAGGAGACACCUGCCCCUGGUGCUCCUCUGCUGAGGAGUGAGGCGGCGCCCCCCCGCCGAGCUCUCAGAGAGGGGAAGUCCCAGUCUCUCAUUCUGCUGUCUGGAUCAGCAGCAGCAGGGACUCCUUAUGGCAGAAACACUGGAAAGGUGAAUGCUAGUAAGGUGUAAGUCACAUUUACAUUCAGACCAGAAGAUCCUUUGACAGAACUCAUCAAUCUGCUGUUGCUAUUUUCAGAAACCACUGGAAGGCCAACAUAGCUUUGAACAGAAACUCCACCUUAUGCUUCAACGUAUUGGAGUUUCUAAACCCCAGCCAGGAGAGACACAGGUAUGUGUAUGUUUUAUCUAGAUGGGUACAAUGUGCAAGUCCUCAAAGUUACUUAAACGCCUUUUUUACUUUUGUAGAAUCAGGAGGGAGAAAUGAAAAAAGCAGAAUCUGAAGGUAUGGCGUUUUAUCUGUUUGAUGCUUGAUAUGAUUGAACUAGUCCCUGUUCCAUCUAAGUGUUAAUGAAGUGCCAUUAAUCUUUGAAGUGUAGGGAUCUGUGUUAAAGGGACAAACUUUUUGAUAUGGAUCAGUUGUCUUUGAAAAGGUUAAUUAUCUCUUUACCUACUUGAGAAAGCUCUCUCUUCAUUACAGGGAGUAAGGCAUAAAUUAAUUCCUCUUGUCACAUGAAAUGUAAAUGAUCUCUGUGCUUUAGGAACUAUCAUUGACAGUAAGCCUGAGCCACCUCCUACUUUCUCUAAACCCCGAACCAUGUCUGCUUCAUCAGGUAUAUCACAGACGCUGAUUCAUCUUUGCUGUACUUUUCUAUGACACUUUAUAGUUACACAUAUUUUUUUUGUUUUAGAUACAAGGCAUCAAAUGCGCUCAAGUGUGUCUGCACACGAGUCUGCUGGGAAACCUCCUUUGCUUCCAAAGCCUGUUAUCAAGCCAGGUCCACCUACCACAACAUCUGGCCGCAACACACCCGAGAAUGAGCUUGCCCAAAUACAGGAAGCAGAGACAAACACACCCACCAAACUGAGUCCAGCUGCGUCCACCCCUGACAUCACUGCCAUCACCAUCUCACCCACCGCACCAACUAUCUCAGACUCAGUCCCCGCCUCAACCAGUUUAACACUUUCUCCUUCAAGUACUGUACCGCCCCUAGAUGCAGAUAUAUGCACCGACUCUGUUAACCCUCCUCCAGCAGUGACAACACCCACCAAUGUAACAGAGCUCGACAGCAAACCUGCAGAUAAAGCUAACUCCCCUGAAACACCCACUUCUACUACCACUACUACACCCAAAGAGCCCCCCACUACUGUCUCAGUUCCUUCCACUUCCUCUGAAUCCAUCACUCCAACCAUCUCCACUACUUCCACUUCAGCAACUAUAACUACGCCUUCCAUUGACACCUCAGAAGCAGUUUCUGUUGCUGGCAGUGAAAUUCAGGUUUCCACAGCAUCAACAAAUCUGUCCACUACAUUAGAUGUUCUCUCAGUUGAUGCUACACCUGCUGCUGGAGGUGAUGCAGCUGUUUCUGUCACCAACACUGCUUCAUCACCCUCCACCUGCAUGCCAGAAACAGCAUCAGUCUUAUCUGCAACCAGCAAUUUAGUUACUACACCUGGUGCUGAUCUCAGUUCAGUCGCCCCUGCUAGCUGUGUAAAUUUUGCCCCUGCCUCACCAGUCACAAAAACAUCUCCAUCCCCUGACUCAUCUGAUACCAUUGGAGCUGUAGUUUUGCCCGAUGCCCCCAUUUCCUCUCCCUCCACCCUGACCUCCUCUGACCUUCGUCCUACCACCACCACAACAACUGUCAUUACCAGCCCAACUUCCACUGACAGCAUGGAGUUAAGCUCCAUUUCUACCAUUCCUCAGCCAGCCACCUCUAGCCCUCAAGCUGACAUGCCGACUCCCUCUACUUCAUCCAGUGAAACAAACCAUACAGACACCACCACCACUAUAGCCUGCUCAGAUUCCACUACCAGUCCAGCAACUAUAGCUGCAAUUAGUUCUCCAUCUACAGCUGAUUCAGACCCUCCUUACACUAACAAUGUGAGCACUACCCUCACACCAGCUAUCUCCAAGCUCCCUACGGCUGACGAGUCAAUUGCUGCUUCUCUCCAACUGACCAGUCCAACUCCCGAUAAGGAUAAUUCAGGCCAGGACAAAGAUUUACAGUCAUCUCCUGAACACAGAGCCAGUGUUGAGCCUGUAGGAAAGGAAGCAGGUAAGUUUUAAGUUAUGUUUUAUGCCUUUAUAUAAGAGGACAGAGGAUAGGAAAUGAGGAGAGAAAGGGGAGAGUGACCUUGAGGGACAACCCUCUGGAUAUGUUAUGUACUCUGAGAUUGCUAGGCUAGUGGUUCCCUAAGUUCUGUUUUAUUUAUAUUUUUCUAUCAGUUUAUAUUCUUAAACAUGAACAAAGGAGUAAAUCUAAUGGUGUUUUUUGUGAUUUUAACAGCAGAGGAGGAGUGUGAGAUGGUACAACAGAGCAAGGAACCUGAGGCAGAUGAGAACGAGACGGUCGUUGAUAGUGGGAAGGAGAACCAGGAUGAAAACAAGAAGGAGGCUCUGGUCAACAGUGAAGUGGAAAACGAAGAAUUGCAGGAGGCAGGGGUGGAACUCGAAGAGGACAAGAUGAAAACAGAAGUUGGAACGGCUGAACCUGCAUCAGGGAAAGAUGUGGAUGAGGUGCUGAUAGAAGGCCAGAAACAAGAAGAAACUCAGUGAGUGAGUGAGUGAGAAGUAAUUAAAAAAUCAUGGUAAUGCUAAAUAUGGGACCAACUACUGUGACAGGGCAGGAGAGACCACAGUAUAGGGUAAAAUGAGGGGACAUGAUCCAUGGCACUUCCUACAGGGACCACCACAUUACAGCAGCACACCACAAAGGGUGGGCCACUGGACCAAAGAACUGAGCUCCCUUUGGUGUUAUGUAAUCAACAAAUCCAGCAGUGUCUUUGUCCUUUUUUAACUUUUGUUUGAAUUUUUGCAUUGCACGUAUAAUUAUGUACCAUAAGACAACUACUGUGGUAAUAUACACCAUGUUUACAAUAGAUGGAUAAAAGACAUAGGUAUGGAUAUUAAAUGGAUUAUUGAAUUGACUGA